AUGGUGAACUUCUUCCGUCGCGGCCUGCUGGCCACCAAGAAGAAGGCGCGGGGGUCGCCAAAGGCAACUACCUCGAGGUUCUACUACUUCCCAGACAGCGCGAAGGGCAAGCUGAUCGGUCGCGGCGGCGGCACGAUCAAGGGCCUCUCGGCAACCUAUUCAGUGACGAUUGACACGGACCAGUCGGGCGUAAUCGAGGUCGCUGGCGUCGAGGAGAAGAUUGAGGAGUGCCGCGUCGCCAUCGAGGACCUGAUGAAGAUGCGGGUCAGCGGCGACACGCCGUGCCGAGUCACGUUUGACCUCCAGAAGGAGCGAGACGAAUCAUUUCUGGGAAAGCUGCGGGCAAACCGAUACAGGAGUGCCGCCCUCACCUCCUGCCCAGAAGCAUCGCGGGCGCUUCCACAGGCCGGCUCCCGCUCGACCUCCCACAGGAUUACAAACAAGGUUGAGCAGGAGUGCCUGCUGUUGGACCUCGAAGUCCCCGGCAGCGACAACAAGUUCUCGCACGUCACCGCCGUUGGAGCUGUCGAAGACUGCCUCAAGGCGUGCGACAUGCUCGCGUCAGAGCUGGAGCUGGGAACGCUUGCGUACACGACGACGGGCGCCGGGGUUGGAGAGGCGGGCUACUCGACGCCGCCCCAGUUUGACCUCUUGACCUCGCGAGCGAUAGCCAAGGCGCUCUUCUUCCCGGGCCGCGACGAGGAACCUGGCCCGUACCACCCCGACGCGGACCCGGGCGAAGAAAAGAGCCUGAGCACCCUGGCGGUCGCCCUCAAGUACCUCGACUCAGCCAACAAGAGCAUCGACGUCGCGGUCUUCAACAUCACCGAGGACCGGCUGACGCAGCGGCUGCUCGACGCGCACCGCCACCGCGGCGUCCGUGUCCGCGUCAUCACCGACGACGAGCAGGCAAAGCAGACGGGCUCGGAUGCGGCGAGACUUCGCGAGGCUGGUGUUCCGCUGGAGAUGGACGCGGACUUCCGAUAUCACAUGCACCAUAAGUUUGCCUGCUUGGACGGCGCAGUGCUGCUCAACGGCAGCUUCAACUGGACGAGACAGGCGAGCGAGCACAACAACGAGAACCUAGUCAUAACCAACGACUCGAGCCUCGUUGCCGCUUUCCACUCGCAGUUUGAGACGCUUUGGAAGGGAUUCGAGGGCACAGGAGACGCGCAAGCCCCUGCCACCCCGCCGCCAGCCAAUGCUCCGGCGCCGUCACAGGAGGAGGAUACGGUGUUCACAGCAUGCCCAAAAUGCGGCGGUCCGAUCUACGACAACCGAGAGGCCAACCAGGGACGAAAGAACCCGUGGCCGUCAUUCAAGUGCAAGGACACUCGGGGCUGCCAGUGGUGCGAGUGGUGA